AUGGAAUCAUCUAUUGAUAAUAAUAUACCUAUUACAGUAAUACCAUCAUUAACAUCAAUACAAUCAACUAGUAUAUUAUGUUAUAAAAUUGAAGUGAUUGAAUCAAACUGGAUCAAAUCUCCUAUCUUGAAAUUAAUUACAAAAGAUUUAGAUAAUUAUGAAAAACAUACUAGUUAUACAUUUAAUGUAUUAGCUAUUGAUAGUGAAUAUGAUCGUCGUAGUAAACUAGAUAAUAAUCUACAGUUAAUGAAUUCCCGUAUACAGAAUAAUAUUUUUACAUCUACAGCAAAUAUCAUUGUCAAUGUAUUAGAUAUUAAUGAUGAAAUACCUAUAAUUGAAUUAGAUUAUUUAAGAAUAGAUGAAACAACUGGUAGAUCAGCUACAUUUGCACGUAUUGAAGAGAAUAAUGAUCCACCACAAUUUAUAGCGGAUAUUUUAGUUACUGAUCGUGAUGCUAAUGCCUUGAAUAGUCAUGUCAUUUAUACAAUCAAUACAUCAUUUCAAUUAACUGAAGUGAAACGUCAACCCGGUCUAGUACAAUAUAAUAUGUUAACUGUAAAUAGUUUAGAUAGAGAAAUAAAUGGUGCAAUUCUUCGUAUAAAAAUUCAAUGUACCGAUUCUGGUGAAAUAAAAAAAACAUCUGAAGUUGAUAUUAUUAUACAUAUUAUAGAUGUAAAUGAUAAUAGUCCAUCAAUACAACUUAUAUCACAAAAUUUACAUACAACACUAAAUUCUAAUGAUAAUCUUAUUCAUUUAAAAGAAAAUACCCCAACUGGUACAAUAAUUGCUUAUUUUAAUAUAACUGAUAUAGAUUAUGGUGAGAAUAGUCGGACAACAUGUAAACUUUUAUCAAUCAUAAAUGAUCAUUAUUAUCAUUGA